AUGGCCUCUAUUCAAACUUAUUUAGGUUUAGAUAUUGGUGACUUGAUUGAUAUUAUUGACUUAUUAAAGAGAUGUGGGUUUCCAGAAACAAAAUGGUAUGAGCUUGCACUGAGACUAGGACUAAAGAAGAAUACAUUGGAUGUCAUAGAGGCAAAACAUCGUGGUAAUGUGUGUCGCUGUAUGACAGAGUGCCUCUCCCAAUGGUUAGGUAGAGCUGAUAAUGUUGACAGUAAAGGAGGAGCCAACUUGGACUCACUCUCAGAUGCUCUGCAAUCUAUGAAUGAAACUGCUGUAGCUGAGAAGUUAAGUAAGCAUUUUCCUACUCCUGAAGUGGGUGUAGUUCCUGAGACUAAGCCUCAUGAUGUACUUAUAGUUCCACAAGAUAAUGGAAGCACUAAUGAAACCAAGAUACCAAUUAUUACACGAUCUGACUCAUCUUCUGAUACAUCUUCCCAGUCUUUAUUACCUCAAGUUGAAGUACAUGUUCCUGUUUCAAAAGGUUUAUUGGGGGACUUUAGAUCAAUGAGAAUGUCUUAUGGAAAAAUGUUUUAUAAUGUUGGAAAGAUCAUUAAACGGAUAUCUCCUCCUUUAGAAGAAAUAAAAGAAUUCCUGUCUUGUUGUGGCACUAUUCUUAGGCGAAAAGUAGAGCAAUGUUCUGAUGAUAUUCCUAGUGUAUUACGUCUUAUUCAAGACAAGUCUUCACUGACUGAUAUUGAACUCCUUCAUAGUGUAGUGGAAGAAAUGGAGAUUACUGAGGCCAAGGAAUGCAUUGAAACAUAUAAAGCAAAGUUAAAGGAAUUUUGCAAGUCACUCUCUGUUAGUCUUUGUUUGAAGGAAAGAUUUGCUUCCAUUCCUCAUCUUCAAUGUGAAACAAUUACUCUUGUAUUUGACUGGGAGCCUGAGGAGCAUUUACUCAAAGAUAUCAAGGAGCUCCUUGCAAAAGUAUCUGGUAAACUAUUAAGGAUUGAGAGACAAGAUGUUAGACAAAAGGAACUAAAAGAAAAGGAUCAAGACUUAUUACAGCGUACGGAAGUUGUUUCUUAUAUUAUACUUGAAGAAGCUGAACAUAGACUAAGAGAUGCUAUCAGUAGCAAAGAGAAGGAAACAAUAGAACUGAAACAAGAACAGUCAAUGAUUACAAUACUUGAAGAAGAAUCAUUGUCCAGUGAUCCUAAAUCAAUUAAAGAAGUUGAGGAAGAACCACUUGAUAAAGAAUUGAAUAAAUUAAACUCUCAGUUUGAUGAAAUAAAAGGAAAGAAUAAAGAUUUGUCAGACAAAUUAUCAAAAAUUAAGAUUGAUUAUUUGAGAUCACUUUCUAGUAAUACUAGUUCAGCUGCUGGCAAAGUGAGAAGAGGAAUGUCUCUUGAAAUUGAUGACUACAAAUUUCAUCUUAAAGCAAUGAAAAGACCAGACUAUCAGCCAUUGGUAGAUAAUGAAAGAAUAAUAGAGAAAUUACAAGAAAAAAUAACAUUAACGAAUAUGGAACUAAUUACUGAAAGAGAACACAAUGAGAAGAUUAUAAAAUAUAUUAAAGGCAAUGUGGAGAAGAAGAAGAUGCAUAUUAUGUGUAAAGAUAACAAGACUCCACUUCAUUGGGCUGCUGAGAUUGGUCACCAAGAAACUGUGAGGUUACUAUUGAGCAAUGAAGCAACUGUUGAUAUCAGAGACAAGGAUGGUAGAACUCCAUUGCACUAUGCUUCAGGUAAUGGUCACUUGACUUUAGUUCAAACUUUAUUUUUGGAGUAUGGAGCUGACAUUAAUGCUGUUGAUAAGGAUGGUAGAACUCUAUUGCACUAUGCUUCAGAUAAUGGUCAUUUGACUUUAGUUCAAACUUUAAUUUUGGAGUAUGGAGCUGACAUUAAUGCUGUUGAUAAGGAGGGUUACACUCCAUUACAUUAUGCUUCAUCACAUCACUUACAAGUUGUUGAGUUUCUCUUGGAGAAGGGAGCCAGUCCUGGAAGCAAAGGAUUAGAUGGUUGUACACCAUUGCAUAAAGCAGCUUGGGAUGGUCAUAAUAACAUUGUGAAGGCUCUUCUUGAGAAAGAUUAUUCUAUCAUAGAUGAAAAGGAAGAAGGAGGAUGGGCUGCUAUUAGCAAUGCUGUAAUGAGAGGACAUCAUGAAGCUGUUGAAACACUGAUAGAAUAUGGAGCUGACUUUGGUGUAAAUGAUGAGGGUGAGUGGUCACUCCUUCACAUUGCAGCUAGACAUGGUCAUGCUGAAGUUGUUGAAGUACUCAUUGACCACAAACUUGAUGUUAACAUUAAAGAUAAGAGUGGCUUGAGAGCUUUUGAUGUUGCAUUAACUCAAGCUCAUCCUAAUGUUGUAGAGACUAUGCUUAAUCAUGGAGCUAGUGUUAAUAUUAGAGAUUCUGAUGAAGGAAAGAGAGCUCUUCAUAUUGCAGUUGAUAGCAUUCAGAAACCAAAACGUUAUGAAGUUGUGAAGUUACUCCUUCAGCAUGAAGGAGUUGAUCCUGAUAUACCUGAUGAUACUGGUUCUACUCCUCUUCACUAUGCUGUUAAACGUGGCUACUCAAAAAUCGUACAUCUUUUAUUGGAGUAUAAAGCUGAUCCUUACAUAAAAGAUAAAAAUGAUGUCACGCCACUUGAUAUUGCUCAAGAUGAUGAGGAGAUCAUGGCCAUUUUCAGAGAGUUUGGCUACAAUCAGUAACUGUCAUUAAUGAUACUUUAUAGCAAACUUUUCCAAUUAUGCUUUUAUACUAUACAUUGUACGGCUUUUUUCCAAUACAUCAAAUGAUAAAUUUUAUUUUAUUGAAUGUGUGUAAGUCAGCUUUCCUCACCAA